AUGGGGCAAAUAUCGAAAUUGUGCAAUGAAUUAAAGCGUGCACAGGUCAUUACAGAAUGUGGUACAUUUUGUAUCAAUAUUAAUGAUAGAAUCAUUGAAACAAAUAAGUCUUCAGCGAUUUGUUUUUCAGAUUUAAUCCAAGAAAAGUAUUUUAUUGAUAAAUCAAUCAGAUCGUUCAAAGUAUAUCUAAACAUUAUAUGCCAAGAUUCAAUUGAUAUACUCUUAAACUUUAUAGAAACAGGAAAACUCGAAUUUGAAGCAGAUGAGUCUCAUUAUCAUGAUAUAUUUGAAAUCGGCAAAUGCUUUGGAAAUCAACUACUCAUACAAAUAUAUAACGAACGCAUUAAAUCAGACAAAUAUCUUACAAAUAAAAACGUUUUUCAGAAAUAUGAAUUUUCUGCUUACGAAAAUGAUUCUACGAUAAUGGAUGAAUGCAUUGAGUAUAUUUCGUCCCAUAUAUACUGUUUAAAUGAUGAUGAUAUCAUUACAAAUUUUGCCAAAAAUGGAUUUGAAUUUUGUGAAAAAAUUUUGAAAUCAAAACAACUCAAAAUUGAAAACGAAGACAAACUCUGUUUCUUACUUUUAGAGGUAUGCAGAAGAAACUUAGCAUUAUUUGAUUUAUUUGGAUUUGUUAACUUACAAUUUUGUUCAUCUAAAGUUUAUGACGAGAUUUAUAAUUUUGCAUGCGAAAACUCUUUUGAAUCAAGCCUUUUAGCAAUUUAUAAUGAAACACUGAAAUAUCAUUCAAGUAUAAGGGAUAGUAUUGAAAUUACAGAUCAAUCUAUCACUUCUUUCGAAAAUCCCUUAAUUCAAAAUCAAUUUGAAUUAUCAGAUCAAUCUAUUAGUAUUUAUGAAUCAAGAUAUGUAGAAAUUUCUAAAGAAAUUAAAAUGGAAAUGACGGCUUCUUCUAUUGGUGGUGGAAGCUUAUCCACAAUAAAUUCUUAUUCAAAUAAUGAUAAUUUCUAUACAAAUAAUGAAUUUAAUUCAUGGCUAAAGGCUGAUCUAAAAGGAUAUAAAUUAAAGCCAAAAUCAUAUAUUUUACAAUCAACAUGCAUUGGUGAUUUUUGUUUGUUGAGAGGUUGGAAACUAGAAGGUCUCAAAGAAGAUGGAAAAUCUAUUGUAUUAGAUGAACAAUCAUAUAAUUUUAGACAAAAAGAGAUUAACGAAUUCCCACUUCAAACUAGCGAUUAUUUUGUUGCUUUCAGAUUAACUCAAACAAUAGAGAAUUCAAGUAAACAUUCAUAUAAUAAUUAUAAGCUCAUGAUUAAUGUUUUUGACUUCACAGGAGAAUUAAUUAAAAUUUAA